AUGGACCGUAUCAAGGAGAAAAUGAACCAGCUCCGCCUGGACGCUGAUACCGCUACAGCCAAGGCUGAAGAGCUUUCGACCAAGGUCAAGAGCCUUGAGCAAGAAAACCUCGCCAAGGAACAGGAGAUUACGUCUCUGCAGCAUAAGAAUAAUGUCUUGGAGGGACAAGUAGAGAAACUUGAGGGGGACAUUGACAAGUUCAAGAAGAUUGCUGAUGAGGGAAGUGGCUCCCUUACGCAAAACGAGACUCUUCAGAGGAGACUACAACUGCUCGAGGACGAGGCCGAAGAGGCUGACAAGACUCUCCGUGAGGCUAACGAGAAGCUCCGACAGACCGAUGUUAAGGCCGGCCAUUUCGAGCGAAAGGUACAAGCCCUCGAGAGUGAACGCGACCAGUGGGAGUCCAAGUACGAGGAGAUGGCGAAGAAGUACAACGAAGUCCAAAAGGAGCUCGAGGACUUCCAGCGCGAGAUCGGUACUCUCUAA